AUGGGUUCUCACUAUGCUAAAGUCCUAAAAGACUUGUGCACUGUGAAGAUGAAACACCAUGUCAAGAAAACUGCUUUCUUGACUGAACAUGUAAGCGCUGUAAUUGAGCAAAGGAUCCCUCCAAAGAAUGAUUUGAUGAAGCUAUCUUUUGGGAACAUAACCGUAGACGUCAACAUCUUUCACGUCAUGAAACAGCCUGAGGAAGAUAAUGAGUGUCAUCAAACAUACAUGAUUGAUGCACUUGUCAAGGAGGAAACACAUGCGUUUAUUGACCCCGACCCUUUAAAUUCUGAAAUUCUCUCAAGGNUACAUUACAGUUUCAAAUUAAAUGUUGAUGGAGUUGCUAGAGGAAACCCAGGAAAAGCUAGGGGUGGAGGACUGAUCCGUGACCCUCAAGGAAAAUUUGUUGCUGGUUUUUCACACCAGUAUGGCGUGUCUUCGAAUGGCAAAUGCUCUAUGUGGAGUUUGCAUGAUGUUUGGGAGGAUGUCAUGGGUUUGAUUGGUAAGUUGGAUGCGCGAGUGUCCCAUGUCUUUAGAGAAGCGAAUAUGGCAGCUGAUUUUCUUGCUAAGGAAGGUGCAGGUGGUUCUGACUUGGAACUUUACUCUGCAUAUAUUUUGCCGAUGAUCCUCUUUGGCAUUUUGAGAACGGACAGAUGGGAACUUCCAUACCUACGAGACCAUUGUAACGUUUUCCUGAUGCUUCCCAUUCAGGAUGAAUCAGAUGUAGUGUUCCGUGCCACUACAGGCAAAUGGCGGGCAGUUGUUGUAGAGAUUUCUCGAAUGCACAAAACAGGUCAGCCUGUUCUUGUCGGCACAACAAGCGUUGAGCAGAGUGAUGCGUUGUCUGAACAGCUUCGUGAAGCUGGAAUUCCCCAUGAGGUUCUAAAUGCAAAACCAGAAAAUGUGGAAAGAGAAGCUGAAAUUGUUGCUCAAAGUGGUCGUCUUGGGGCUGUUACAAUUGCAACAAACAUGGCUGGUCGUGGAACUGAUAUAAUUCUUGGUGGUAAUGCUGAAUUUAUGGCAAGGUUGAAGUUACGUGAGAUGUUGAUGCCGAGAGUUGUUAGGCCAGCUGAAGGAGUUUUUGUUUCUGUGAAGAAACCUGCUCCAGCAAAGACAUGGAAGGUAAAUGAAAGUCUAUUUCCAUGCACACUAUCCAAAGACAACAGCAGAUUGGCCGAAGAAGCUGUGCAGUUGGCUUCCAAAACAUGGGGUCAGAGGUCAUUGACUGAGCUUGAAGCAGAAGAUAGAUUGUCAUAUUCUUGUGAAAAGGGUCCUGUUCGGGAUGAAGUCAUUGCAAAGCUGCGAAGUGCAUUUCUGGAAAUUGUUAAAGAGUACAAGGGUUUCACAGAUGAAGAGAGGAAGAAGGUUGUAUCUGCUGGUGGACUUCACGUUGUGGGCACAGAACGUCAUGAGUCGCGUCGAAUUGACAAUCAGCUGCGUGGUCGUAGUGGCAGACAGGGAGAUCCUGGAAGUUCCCGGUUCUUUCUUAGUCUUGAAGAUAACCUCUUCCGCGUAUUUGGUGGGGAUCGAAUUCAGGGCUUGAUGAGAGCUUUUAGAGUUGAAGAUUUACCAAUAGAAUCAAAGAUGUUGACAAAGGCACUAGAUGAAGCUCAGAGAAAAGUGGAGAAUUACUUUUUUGACAUCCGAAAACAGUUAUUUGAAUAUGAUGAGGUCUUAAACAGCCAAAGAGACCGUGUCUACACAGAGAGAAGGCGAGCCUUAGAGUCCGACAAUCUCCAAUCUCUUCUCUUUGAAUAUGCUGAAUUAACAAUGGACGAUAUAUUGGAGGCAAAUAUUGGUUCCAAUACUCUUAGAGAAAACUGGGAUCUUGAGAAGCUUAUAGCGAAAGUCCAACAGUACUGUUAUCUUUUGGAUGAUUUGACCCCUGAUUUGUUGCAAACAAAAUGUUCAAACUAUGAGGAAUUAAGAGAUUACCUUCGCAUUCGUGGACGUGAAGCAUAUCUGCAAAGGCGGGAAAUAGUGGAGAAAGAGGCUCCAGGUUUGAUGAAGGAGGCAGAAAAGUUCCUAAUAUUGAGCAAUAUCGACCGGCUAUGGAAGGAACACUUGCAAGCUCUCAAAUUUGUGCAGCAAGCUGUAGGUUUACGGGGAUAUGCACAAAGGGAUCCACUUAUCGAGUACAAGCUUGAAGGCUACAACCUGUUUAUAGAGAUGAUGGCACAGAUAAGAAGAAAUGUUAUAUAUUCAAUUUACCAGUUUAAACCAGUUUUAGUGAAUGAGCAAGACAAACGGCAGGGUGGGAAAGAAAUGUUGGAUACAAAUGGAAAGGGUAGUUCCGAUUCAGUUGUUGCUUCAUCCGCUGUUGGCGAGCAGGGAAGCAAGAGAUUGUCGACAAACAAGUCUGAAAAUAUCGAAUUGGGAACCACUUAAAAAUGUUAUUUGUCUCACUUGAACGUUAGAAUACCAAUGACUACAAAGAUUGUAAAUUUUUUAGGAUAUUUGCAGCUGAAAAGAAAUUGAAAAAUCAAUGUAAGAAAACAAACUCUGCAUUCUGGGUUGCCAUC